UGAUCAAUAUUAGGUUGACAUUGCAUGUCUGAUCUUCUCUAAAUGUCAGAUUCGUACAAAGUGAAACGAAUAAAAAUAUGGUUCUACUCACUGCCUCGUACGUUGAGAAAGAAUGCUCGAGGACGCAGUCAGAAAAAUCGCUGACGAAAGGACUGGAGAAGAAUCAUCUUAAAAAAAUAACACAUUUGUACAUGAACAAUAAAUUUAUCAGUGCGAUCGGUGAUUUGUCACACUGUAAAAAUCUCAAAGUCAUCUAUCUUCAAAAUAAUGCUCUAACGAAAAUAGAAAAUUUGGAUUUUGCUGAAAAAUUAACAAAUCUUUAUCUGCAACACAACAAUUUAACGAAAAUUGAUAAUUUGGGAGCUCUGAGAAACCUGACGAAAUUAUGCUUAGGACACAAUUGUAUAAGCGUCGUUGAGGGCUUGGAAAAUUUAGACAAACUGUGCGAACUCCACAUCGAAAAACAACGACUUCUUAAGGGAGAAUUUUUGAUAUUCGAGCCACGAACAUUGGAGGCUUUAUCGACUAGACUGAAACUGCUGAACGUAACAGGAACUCGUUUAACGUCAUUGAGGCCAAUAAGUCGAAUCGUAAGACUGGAAAUACUAGAAGCGAAAGACAAUUUGUUGAAUGACAUGGAAGACUUGACUGAAAGUUUGAGCAGUAUGAGAAUGCUCCGAGAAUUAUUCCUUCAAGGCAAUCCGGUCACUCAAAGUUACAGAUACAGAGAAAGCAUGAUCGCGAAUAGUGAUUCACUGGUAAAUUUGGAUGGAAAACACAUUACGGAAGUUUCUCGUCAAUUUAUGAAGAAAUUCAAGGAGGAAAAGCAGCUUCGUCAAAAUCGAAGACGAACGAAGAUGACUUUGAGCGACGAUAUUACGAGUUCAUUGAAACUUCCACCGGCUUUCGAGAGAUCUGUAUCGAGAGCGAUAAUCCAGCAGCAUCCGGGUCCAAGGUUCACAAUCAACGUGACUUCCGGUUCGGCUGGAUCGCAGCCACAAAUAUUUCCAGCUUGGAAAUCCACAACCGCGAUCGCUGGCACUAAAUCCGACAAUCGAAUAACUCCAAGACCUUUUUGGAGAGGGACAUCGAGGUUGAAUAUAAAAGCUCCAGGACAAUCUAUGGGAACGAAAGAUACGCUCAUUUUUCCAACGAUUUUUUAAUUUCGAACUACGCAAAAAAUAUUCCUCUGAAACCUAAGAUUUUGUUUAUUAAACAUACGAUUUUGAUCGAGAAAAUAAAAUGCAUACGUUGUUUAUUUCGCCGUUACUUUUACGUAAGAGGCAAUAUUAUUAAAUACGUUUUGUCGAGACAUGUUUUCUCAACGAUACAAACUUAAAAACUAUAUUUGUACGCUGCCUCGUGAAAUCGAUAAGAUUAAUGAUGAAAGAACAAAUUUAAAAAAUUAUAAAUUCUGAAGUUGAAAUCGCGGCGCAGUUCGACAGUUAUAUUAUAAUGUUCAAUGACGACAUUCAGUAGGGUGCACGAAUCAAAACAUUUCUCAUCUCGUAUUAUAAUAAAAUAUUUAAUCAGAUCGGAGAGUCGACAAUUAUUCGCAGUUUCUUCGACGACGAAGUAUUUAACGUUUCAUUUCUUUCACUUUUUAUUCCUUUCUCGCUUUUGUCUCUCGUUACGUUUCUCUAAUGCUCUCUCCCACUUUCUGUGCUAUCGCGUAAACAAAAGUGCUAAUUCAUAAUUCUCUCAAACACUCCAUUUAAUCAAAUUACAACCAUGAACGAAAAGGGCCCAA